GUCCAGAUUGCUCUCCCUCAGAGAUAAAAAUUCCAAAAAGAUAUCCCUUUUCUUCCCCCCCUCCAUUUUAUUGAUAAGUAGUAAACCUUCUUCCAUAUCUCUCUCUCAUACUGCUUACUGUCGAGCUUCCAUUUAUCUCCUUAUCUCUCCGUUGGGAAUCGAUGGCCUCUACAAUCUCAACUAUGUUGUCAGCGGGUUCAUUUGCUGCACCUAGUUCUCUUACAAGCAAUAGAAAAGUUCCAAAUUCGUCAGACAGGUUGUCCUCAACUGCUUCUAUAAGCACGAGCUCUUUUGUUAGGAGACAGCAUGUUAUUCCUCAUAAAACAUCUUCUGUAAGAAUCAGUGCCAUGGCAAAGGAGUUGCAUUUCAACAAGGAUGGUUCUGCUAUUAAAAAGUUGCAAAACGGUGUGAAUAAGCUUGCUGAUCUUGUUGGGGUUACUCUUGGUCCAAAAGGUCGGAAUGUUGUUCUAGAGAGCAAGUAUGGUUCCCCGAAAAUUGUUAAUGAUGGAGUCACUGUGGCCAAAGAGGUUGAGUUGGAAGAUCCGGUAGAGAACAUUGGGGCAAAAUUGGUUAGACAAGCAGCUGCUAAGACAAAUGAUUUGGCUGGUGACGGGACAACAACUUCUGUUGUUCUUGCUCAGGGUCUUAUUGCUGAAGGUGUCAAGGUGGUAGCUGCUGGGGCCAACCCUGUUCUUAUUACUAGAGGAAUUGAGAAGACUGCAAAAGCAUUGGUAUUAGAGCUCAAGAAAAUUUCGAAAGAGGUUGAAGAUGGUGAACUUGCGGAUGUGGCUGCUGUUAGUGCUGGGAACAACUACGAAGUGGGAAAUAUGAUCGCAGAAGCAUUGAGCAAAGUGGGACGGAAGGGUGUAGUGACUCUAGAAGAGGGGAGGAGUGCUGAGAACAGUCUUUACGUUGUUGAAGGAAUGCAAUUUGAUCGUGGUUAUAUUUCACCUUACUUUGUGACAGACAGUGAGAAAAUGGCUGUUGAAUUUGAAAACUGUAAACUUCUACUUGUUGACAAGAAGAUAACAAAUGCGAGAGAUCUCAUUAAUGUCUUGGAAGAUGCGAUUAGAGGAGGAUACCCAAUUGUGAUAAUUGCAGAAGAUAUUGAACAAGAAGCUUUGGCAACUCUAGUUGUAAACAAGCUAAGAGGGGCACUGAAGAUCGCUGCGUUGAAAGCUCCUGGUUUUGGAGAAAGAAAAAGCCAGUAUCUAGAUGACAUAGCAAUCCUAACAGGAGGAACUGUGAUCAGGGAAGAAGUAGGUCUUACCUUAGACAAAGCCGGCAAAGAAGUCUUGGGGCAUGCUGCUAAAAUCGUGCUUACUAAAGAGACUACAACUAUAGUCGGGGAUGGGAGCACACAGGAUGCUGUAACCAAGCGUGUUGCACAGAUUAGGAACUUGAUAGAGGCAGCAGACCAGGAAUACGAGAAGGAAAAACUCAACGAAAGAAUUGCAAAACUAUCUGGUGGUGUGGCAGUCAUUCAGGUUGGAGCUCAAACUGAGACAGAGCUGAAAGAAAAGAAACUGAGAGUAGAAGAUGCUCUUAAUGCUACAAAGGCUGCUGUUGAGGAAGGCAUUGUUGUUGGUGGUGGAUGCACCCUACUGAGGCUAGCUUCAAAAGUUGAUGCCAUUAAGGAAACCCUUGCAAAUGAUGAGGAAAAGGUUGGAGCAGAUAUCGUAAAGAGAGCUCUAAGUUAUCCAUUGAAGUUAAUUGCCAAAAAUGCUGGUGUUAAUGGAAGUGUUGUCAGCGAAAAGGUGCUUGCUAAUGACAACCCGAAAUACGGUUAUAAUGCUGCCACUGGAAAGUAUGAGGAUCUUAUGGCUGCUGGUAUAAUAGAUCCAACCAAGGUGGUUCGGUGUUGUUUGGAGCAUGCUGCUUCGGUUGCAAAAACAUUUUUAAUGUCAGACUGUGUUGUGGUGGAGAUAAAGGAACCGGAACCCAUUCCAGCUGGAAAUCCAAUGGAUAAUUCAGGAUACGGUUACUAAACAAACUGGUAGCUUGGUGGAUUGAUGAUUAAGACAGAGUAUAAGUCCAAAUGAAUUGGCGCUUACAGGAGAAGGAAAUUGUAUUAUUAUUAUUUAUUGUAUUAGAAUAAUUUUUGUAGAUGUUGAAUUAGUGUGUGUAUUUGAGGUGAGAUUAUUGUUGUCCUUUUCAAUGGCGGCUUAUGACUGACUUUUUGUAAUUGAAUUGAUUGAAAAUAAAGGUUAUAUGCUCAUUCUCACA